AUGAUAUGUAUUAGAAAACCAUCGGAUAGUCAGAUAAGAGAAUAUCUGGCACAGAGAAGAGAAACACCUUUCCCCUAUACAUAUAUCCACGGUACAAAAGAGUACGAUACGAAACCAGAGUUUGAAGCGGAUCCAAGAUUCGCAAACUACGAUAUAGAUUACUCAAAGAUUCAUUUGGGUCGCGGCAGAGAAUGCUUUGAGCGCGCCGUCGCCGCAAUGAAGUCGUGGAAGAUGUUCGAUGUCGACUGGGUCGAUUUCUGUUUCAAUGACGUACCUAUAGCGGUUGGAAACACAGUGGCAGUUGCAUCGAAACAAUUUGGAUUCUGGGCACUGAAUUUCUGUCGCGUUGUAUAUAUGAUCGAUGGUCCCGACGAAGACGAGUCGGUGAUUCGCUUUGGAUUUGCCUAUGGUACACUAGAUCACUUGGAGAAAGGUGAAGAGCGAUUCACCAUCGAAUGGCGACGUGAUCCCAACUCUGGCGACGGCGAUGUCUUUUACGAACUACUCUCUUUCUCGGAACCACAACACUGGAUGACGCAACUCGGUUAUCCAAUAGCCAGAUUCUUCCAAGAGAAAUUUAAAGUCGAUUCAAGUAACGCAAUGCUGAAAGCAGUUGGAUCAACUGAAAGAAUUAAAAAUUAUAAUGAAAACAAUAAUAAUAAUAAUGUAAAUACAAAUAAUAAUAUAUGUGAAUAUAACAACAAUAAUUGA